UCGAUAUAAUGUUUUUCUUUUUAGAAUAUCCAUUAUCAGACCUCGCAAAAAGUCGAUUAAUGGGAGGAGCCUAAAACGUUCCUCCCUCUUUUCAGGACUCCGAAAACGCCCACCUGCUGGAAUACAAAGAUAUCCAACCAAAUCAUCAUUCUUAUUCUUGACUACGCCUUUCACAUAACAUCUUCAAUAAUGUCGUACUACCCGUAUUACCAGACGGAAAAUUCUGAUUAUUCAUCUUUUAAUAGCCUGAUGGCUGAUAUUUGUGAACCAUCCCCAUCUUCCUCGUCCAGCAGAAAACGUCCAGCAGACUCAGAAAAUGGAAACUCUGCUAAAAUGCCAGUUGUGAUUCCAAUGCAACCAGUUCAGAACUUCACCAUGCAAUAUCCCAUUGAUAAUGGAUGGCAAAAUUUCAAUAUGAUACAUCAAGUGUACAAUAAUAAUAAUAUGAAUCAACCCGGAUACGGAUGGGUCGGGCAGCCUCCACCGAUGCCACAAGACUUCUACAAAGCACGACCGGGACAGACAGUUACGCCGCCAAUGAAUGAGUUCCACAAUGCUCAUGGAACCCAACAGACUCCAAAUGACAAUUCCGGAAAUUUGCCUAUCAGUUCCGUUAUGUAUACUCCUGAAUCAGAUCUUUCUACAACAUCUGCAAACUUCACUCCAGACUGGAAUACAACUACAAACGGACCGUGUAACCAGGAGAAGCGGAACAAGGAAAAUCUCUUUCCAAAUGAUGAUACAUCUUCUGGAAAGCUUUUUGAUUACUUCUUGACAAACACUGAGCGAGAAAACGAAUCAGAAAAUAAUAUUCCUCAUCCAUACAACAAAGCUGUUUUUCCAACAUUUGGUGUUCCUGUGUCAUCAGAUGGAAAUGUCGUUGCUGAAGUUGUAGAUGGAAGGCUUCCAGCUGUUGGAACUCGUUCGAAGUAUGAUCUCACUGUUGAUGAGCUCAGAAGACGCUGUGGAGCUCCAGAGCAUAUGAAUCAAUCCGCCUUAUACUGCUUUUUCAGAAAAUCGAAAAAGAAGGAAGCCAUAAAUCGAGUGAAGAAGGUGCUCACCGACUACAAUAUUACUGUGAGAACAAUGCAGAGGCAACGAAAAGUGACAUGUUUCUCUCCUUUCUUGGAAGAAGAAGCAACUGCAUUGGCACGUGAUCUUGACUCAAUUACCGAAGAGUUCCUUCCAAUCGACGCCAUUGCUCUGGAAAUGCUUGAAAAGCUAAUCUUCAACAACAAAAAUUUGGAUAUUUGUUUAAGAAUUUUGAAGAAUACGAAUAAAACAAUAACUCGAGUCAUCAAAACUCUUGAAGUUCGUCAACCAAAGAUAACUGGACAAAAGGAAAAGCUCAAAGGAAAUUCCCUCGAUUUGUCCUACCACAAUUUUUCACUCACCACGCACGGAUUCGGCCAUCCAAAUUCUUUAUCCCACUACAGAAGCUAUCAGAAGAUUGUUGAACAAGCUGCUCUUUACUGUGAAAAAAUGCAGAAAGGGGCAUCCUUGCCAUCAAAAGAGUAUCUGAUACCUGGACAGAAGCCGUUUGAAAAUAUGUCAAACGAGUUUUUUGUGGAAUGGCGGAUGAGAUCUUACCACAAGAAAGCCCGAAAAGAAAUGCUCGACUUCAAUCAAGCUUACAGUAGAAGCUCGUAAUUUCAGGAUUUUGUUUGUUUUAUUUUUACGAUUUUGAAUCAGUGUAGUUUUGUAGCACCCAAUCAAAAUUUCAAAGAAAAAACUGACUGUAGUCAGUUUUUUUGAGUGUGCUGACUCUUUAUAAUAAUAAUAUGGUUCCAGUGAAGUGUGUACCUUUUUUAUCAAUAAAUAAUCUCUUACAAAUUCUAGUUGUAAUCAACGACUUUCAGAAUUUGUUUU